AUGAUGCCUACCACCGCUGUGGGAAAGAAGCUGGAUCUCUCCACACUGACAGAGGAGGAGGCCCAGCACGUGUUUCAGGUCGUCCAGAGAGACUUUGACUUGAGGAAGAAAGAGGAGGACAGACUGGGGGAGCUAAAGACGCAGCUAGAGAAGGAGGACACCAAGAGAGAGCUGCUGGGCACUGGGACCAGCCUGACAGAGUCCCACUGCAUCCGCUGCUUGCAGCCCUUCAAGUUCCUGGUCAACAGCAAGCGCCAGUGUCUGGACUGCCAGCUGUACGCCUGCAAGGCCUGCAGCCGCUACAACAAGAAGGAGUGCGGAUGGGUAUGCGACCCCUGCCACAUGUCCAGGGUCCUCAAGAUUGGCACUUUGGAGUGGUACCAUGAGAAUGUGCGCUCCCGUUUCAAGCGCUUUGGCAGUGCCAAGGUGAUGCGCUCGCUCUACAAGAGGUUGAGUGAGCCUCAUGAAGAUGACACACACAGCAUGCCCGAAAGCCACAAUCUCUACAGAUGGCAUGAUCAGCACUUGAGUGCUACGGGUCGGUAGUCAUUUAGGCAGAUGAAAACGACCAAACGACUGCUCACUGUGCACCCCGUCGAUUUCGGUCUGGACCUUAACUACUCCACCCACUCUCUGUCUCGACAAGAAUCCUGUCAGCAGAUCCUGGAGGAGCAGGGUGAGAGAGACCCCGAGUUCAACACGAAGGUCCUCCACAGCCGCCGGAUGAGUCUGCUGGACAAGCCGUCCCGCUUCGACGAGGUGCCAUACCCAGAGAACUGGAUGAUGCGGGCACGAUCCUUGUCCAGGAUGAGCCAGUCUUCGGGUAGCAGUGCCAACAACGGGCACCUCCGCAGCAGCGGACAACUGUAUGGCCUGGAGGACUCGGAGGAAGAGGAAGAGUACCAGCGCCAGUACCAGCGUCUGCCGUCGCGCCGACGUAGUCACAGCCACUUCUCCUCACAGGAAAGCCUCAACCUCGGGGCACCGCCACAGAUAACUGAGCUGAACAGACGCAUGUCGGUCAUUGAGAAACUACUGAACCGUCUGGAACAGAAAGUGACAUCCCCCUAUGACCAGGGCCAAUCUUGUACUUCUCCCCUGCCCCAGUGGGAGGAGGUGGACCUGGAGGAACUGCAGCUGAGGCAGAAGCUGGACCAGCUGACGGGCAACAUCAGUGACAAGGGUCUCUCCUCGGAGGAGGAUGAACCCAAGAGGCCCCCAUCCCCCAAGGAGAGCCCAGGGAGGAGGAGGCGCCUUAGGGGGGACGUGAGCCCAUCCGGGUCCCUCUCCAGACCCUCCUCCAGACCGGGCAUCAUGAUCAGCCCACCCAUCGUUGAACUGCAGGAGCCCUCUGAAGCACAGGCCUAUUUUUCAACAGGACAUUCCAGGAGCCUCCGUGAGGGCAGUUCUCUGACCCGCUACCGUCCCACCACCACCACAGAGCUGUUUGAGCUGGAAGGCAAGGUGGCGAUGGCCGCUGCCACAGUACAGAGCACAGUGAGCGAGGUGACAGACAUCGAGAACAAGAUCGCUGCCCUGAGUGCUGCUGGGAUGUCUGUGGAUAUGACCAGGAGAAAGAAACCAGUAAUGGCACAGGGUCCAUGA